AUGGAUUCCAAGGGUCAACACCAACCUGAAGUCAGCAUGCCCCAUGACGCAAACUCUUCUCCUUCCUUCCCUCCUUCAUUGUCAAGCGCCGGCCGAAAGCUGCAAGGACGGAUGCAGUCCGGAAAGCCAACUGCAUCAUGGAAAUGGGGCCUUACCGGCGCCGCCACGGCAUCAUUAGCAACACCCAACGGUACAGUACCAUGCCUAUUAUCGCGAAGAGUCUUCCGAGUAUAUGUACAAGACGAUGGACUAUCAAGCAGCAUUCAGCAUGCAAUAGGUACGGUGCGAGACGAUACGGAAUACUCCAUGCCAAUGGGCAACGCCUGA